AGCGUCUGGUGCUCGCAGCGGUGAAAACGCAGGUGGCACCCGGAAAACACAGCCCAUCGAGAAGGGGAAAACUUUGAAAACGGGCGCGAACAAGUGAGCAGCAGCAGCAGCAGCCGAAGUGAAGUAGCAAGCCAAGCGUAUUGUGUACGAAACCAAAGUGCAAAUGAAGAAGUGAAAAUAAAUUGUGAAUCAAUUGGAAUCAGCUGAGACAAGGACUAAGGAUCUAAGGGAAUAAAGGAUACUGGACUUCGUUUGGAAAUACGCCAGAAGCUGAAUCGAGAAGGAUAAACUUUUGGCCCGCUAUGCCCAGGAAUCGUGCGGGUCCGGUUCCGAGCAGUGUGGAGCGCGGCUGCAGAUAGAUAUACGGAUACGAGGGGAGUUACAGAUACAGAUACAGAUACAGAUACAGAUUCAGAGACAGAUACAGAGACAGGUUCAGAUACGUAAACAAGUACAGAUACAUUCGCUGCCGCUCAAGUUGAACAUGUGCCAAGGCUGCGGGCUGCUUGUAGCUGAUUCUGGUAAAACCGCGGCGAGGGCGACGAUGCUGCUGCUUGAUUUUGGCCAAGUUAAAUAAACAAGCGGGCCACAACCCACACUCACUCACACCCAACACAGUUACUCCCACCCACUGAAUAGCAAACACAGCCAAGUCCUUGGAAGGCAGCAAGCAUCAUGGCGGCGCCCAUCGACGAGAGUGUCCUGAAUGCACUAAGGGGCGUCACCUCCACGAACACCCGCCUGCCCAAGCCACUGCUCAUCAAGAUCUACGUGGCCAGCCUGAAGCAGGAGUUCAACCAGGAGCGUCGCAUGCUCCUCGAGCUGGUGGGUCCCGAGCUGCAGACCCUCUACGAUGACAGGCAGAUUGAGCUCGAGUUCGUGGACAUGCACUUUGGCACUGGCGACCUGAGUGUCAAUCAGUUGGAGCGGGAUCCCUAUAUGAUCCAUGACUAUCUGCAUGAGAUCGACAUCUGCCAUGCCCACACGAAGAGUGUCUUCUUCAUGGUCCUGGUGGGCGAUGGCAUCGGUAAGCUGCUCUUGCCCACACACCUGGACGAGGACAUCUUUGCCGCCGUCCUGGCAGAUCCGGAGACUUCCGCUGACCAGGAGGCGCUGCUGGUUAAAUGGUACGAGAAGGAUGCCACUGAUACCCAGCGCCAGCUCAAGCAGGAUUAUCGAUUGCUGCCCGCGAACGAGUGGCUCCGGGAAUCGCAGCAGAUGCAAAAGUUCCUGGAAAGUACUCUGCAAUCCUUGGUCCAGGGAGCAAGUGCAUCCGAACGAUCAGCGGACUUUGUGGAAAGGGUGCAGCAACUAAGACGCACGCAGAUUGAACGGGAAGUGAAGCAAGCCAUGGCUCUGACAAGCGAGAAGAUCCUGGCUGUGUUCAGGGAGCGAGCUGCCCAGUCCACCAAAAGGGAUGUGGAGGCCAGUGAGCGGCUAAGAAAGAUCAAGGACGAGCUAACCAUGAACCUCUCCACGGAUAAUCACACAACCUUAGUGGUGCCCGGCUGUGCCGCCAGCGAGGCCAUCGAUCCGGACAACGAGGACCACGAGUCCUACUUGAGCAAAUUCAAGAACAAGGUCACCGACAAGCUCCGCCUGCUAAUCGAGGCGCACAUAACCAAUGAUCCCGACGUAAUCAAGGGGAGGAAAAAGACUGUGCAGGAAAUCUUUCAUGAGCACUCGACCCACCUGCGCAUCCUGCGCGAUCACACGGCAAGUGCGGCUCUGGUGGAGUCUCGGGUGCCACAGCAGCUGCGCCAGAACCUGAUGGCCAACUUCCGGAAUGGCAGCCGGCAUGCUCCGUACUUCAUCUGCGGUGCGGAUGGUAGUGGCAAGAGUGCCAUCAUGAGCCACCUGUACGGACAGGUGAGCACUUGGUUUGGCUCCACGAGGGUGCAUCGGGUGAUCCGCUUCGCCAAGGCCACACCCCGCUCCGCCUACAAUCUGGAGUUGCUGAGAGUAGUGUGCCAGCAGAUCUCCAUCAUAUUCAAUAUACCGGAGGGCUAUCUGCCCAAGGAUGCCUCCUUCGAUCCGCUGUACAUCAGCACCUGGUUCCAGAACCUCCUGCGACGCGUGGAGGACAUGGGCAACGAUGUGCUCUUCCUGUUUAUCGACGAUCUGCAUCUGCUGAAUCCGCUGGACUGCGACAUAGUCACCGCCCUGUCCUGGCUGCCCACAUCGCUGCCGUGGAAUGUGCAGAUCAUCUGCAGCUCCACCACGCCCGUGGAACAGCUCAAGUUCACUCCCAUGCAGCGGGAUCGUUUCAAGUCCGCCGAAUAUCAGUUCGACCUGAAUCUGGGUGACUUUGCCACCCGGCUCAAGAUACCGCCGCAGUGCGUGCCGGGAGAUGUGAGCUUCGCCCUGUACGUGGAGCAGCAGUUCGACCAGCUGGAGCGGCACUACGGCAAGCAGGCGGUGGGCGGAUUGGCCGCAUACAUCACCUGCUCGGAGUACGGCCUGACCGAGACGGAGCUGUUGGAGCUGCUCAUGCCCACCGACGAUCCGGAGUCGCUGAUUGAGACCAAGAGCGGACACUUUAGCUUUGCCACCUUCAAGAAGAUUCAUCGCGAAAUGGACACUCUCCUACUGCUGCAUGACAAGAUCAUGUCCGGCAAGGUGCUCAUCCAGUGGCGCCACAAUUACUGUGCCGCGGUGGCCAAGCGUCGCUACAUGGACGCCCAACGGACACGAAGCCUUCACAGCGAACUGGCCAACCUGUUCUUUCCCCAGGACGAGGACGAGAGCACGCUGGAGAACGAGUCGAAUGCCAGCGAGGCCAGGUCAGUGAUCAGUGCCAAGGACAGAGAGCGCGAUAAGGAGAAGGACUCCCUGUCGGCGGUAUCGGCUGUUUCGGCCGGCCGUAAGUCCUCCUCGACACAUCACAACGACGACACCUCCACCUUCUACAAUCCCAUUGCCGCCGAUGUGAGCUACAGCAUGCGUCACGUGGAGGAGAGCUGGCACCACCUGAUGCGAUCCGAUGACACCACACGGUUCAAGCAAAUAGCCGUUUGCAACUUUGACUUUCUGCUGGCGGCGGUGCAAACCGUGUCUAUUAGCUACCUGCGCUGCCUAAUCGAGCACGUGCGCUGCUACAUCCUGGACAGGGACAUCGAACUGAUCUACUAUACGAUCCGCAAGUCCAGUGACGUCCUCACCCGCGACCCCAUGCAGCUGGGCUCCCAGCUGAUCUCCUGGCUGCGACCCAUUGGGGAGCACGACGACGAUGACAACUCGCUGCUCAGCAUGACGGUGCGCUCGGCCACGGCCUGGUGUGAUGGCUAUGCCGUGCCGCUCCUGGUACCGCUCACCGGCUGGCUACCGGCACCGCUGCCCUCACAGAUCCGCACCAUGACUGUGACUGGCACGGGCCUGAUUCGAGCCGUGUGGCUGGCUCCUUCGAAGCAGCAUCUCAUCCUGGCCACCAGCUCCGGCGACGUGCAGCAGUGGCACAUCAUGAGCAAUUCGUUGGAGCACAUCUUCAAGGGACACACUGCGGCAGUCACGUGCCUCCUGGUGGCCCCGCAAUCGGAGUCGGAGCUGCUGCUGACCGGCUCCGAGGAUGCCAGCGUCCUCGUCUGGCACGUUGCACACCGCGAGCGUCGGGGGCACAUUAACGCCCACACAGCUCCCAUUACGGGCGUGGCAGCCGGCGUCAAUAACACGCUCAUCAUAAGCAGCAGCGAGGAUGCAACCAUCGCCAUCACGGACCUGGCCAGUGGCAAGCUGAAACACCGCAUCACACAUCACCGCGGCCCCGUAACCGGCAUCCUGGUGGCCGGAGCAUGUGAUGUCCUGAUCUCGGGUAGCCACGACCGUACCAUUUGCGUGUGGGAUCUGGAGAACUUCAGCCUACUGAACACCAUGCAGAUGACGAGUCCCGUGCUACGGAUUGACAUAUCCUGGAACUCGGUCUUUUUGCUGGCCCUGUGCGAGGACAAUGCUCUUUAUGUCCGCACCCUGGCCACUGGCAAGGAGCUGCACACUCUCAAAGGACACAAGUCAAAGAUCCGCACCAUUUCCAUUGGCAAGGAUAGCCAGCGGUGCGUGGUGGGCUGCGAUGAUACCCGGGCCCUGAUAUACGACAUGCAUGCCGGGAAACUGGUGCGAUCUAUGCCUCCGAAUCCGGGGCCAGUGACCGCCGUUCAUGCGAUGGACAAUGACGACUUCCUGGUCACGGUGGGCGGCAACAAGAUUACCUUCUACUCGUUCCGGAACGAGGAGCUCUACAUAAAUCCUUACUCACGGCAUCCGCGACGCAAGCGAAGCCUCAAGCGCCACGCCCAGGCGCAGCGAUCUCCCUCGACCACCCUGCCGCCCAUCACCUGCUUCGACCUGUCGCGGGACUCCCAACAGAUGGCCAUUGCCUCCGGGCGAAGUGUCCACCUGAUGCGGAUCAACACGCCGGAGUAUCAGUGCAGCCUGGAGGGCCAUGCGGCAGGUGUGUCCUGCUUGAAGUUUGCCCCCAACGGCGAGUUCCUGGCCACCGGCUCCGAGGAUCGGUUGGUUCUCAUCUGGAACCUGUCCCUGGGUGAGAUCAGCAACACAUUCAAGGGUCAUGCUGCUCCGGUGGUCAAAGUGGUGGUGCUAAUGGAUUCCCUGCGGGUCAUCUCGACGGAUCGUGACUCCUUGCUGCUCGUCUGGAUGGCUGACUCGGGUAAUCUGCUGCAGACCAUCCAGGGUCCCUACAAGAGCCUGGCCGUGACCAACAACAUGCGCUUUGCGGCCUCCACCAAUGGGGACAACACCCUCAAGAUCUGGUCACUCACGCAGGAGGACGAGAAGUAUUCGGUCUCGCAUUCCGACGAGAUCACAUGCUUUGAGAUCAGUGCGGACAGUGCUCAUAUCAUCAGUGGAUCACGGGACAUGUCCCUGAAGGUGUGGCAGGCCACGGGUGGCAAGCUCAGCCAGGUGCUGGUGGGACACAGCGAUGCUGUUACCUGCGUGGCCGUAUCCGUGAGCAAUAAGACCCAAGUGCUGUCCGGUUCCAAGGAUACGAAUCUCAUCAUCUGGGACAUACUCACUGGCGAGGAGGUGCACACCUUGGCGGGACAUCUGGGUCCUGUGAUAGGAGUUAAAGUUUCGGCAGAUGGCUCCACUGCGGUGUCCGGCAGCGAUGACAAGACUUUGAUUGUAUGGGAAACCAAGCGCGGCUUGGCCUUAACCUCUCUGCAAAUGCACGUGCCCUUCACCCACUUUGACAUUAGCUUGGAGGUGUCCCGAGUGUUGGUCCAGCUGGUGGACAGCUACAAUCUUCCCGUGAUCUGUCUGCACAACACCCCGGCGCAGUAUGUGAAGCUGCCCACGUAUUCGGGUCCCAGCAAGGAUGUUGAAGACCUUCGACCCCAGGGCCCGAAGCGCCAGAUGAAGCGACUGCUGAAGAAGGAGGUCUCCCUGGACACGUACACCUGGCAGAAGAAGUACGGCCACCUGACCUCGUCCGUUAUGAUGGCCCAGGUGGAUGAGCGUCUGAAGCGACGCUUCAGCGUAUCCGCCAGCAUGGAGGAGAUCUCGAAGAUCGCCGAAACCAAGACGGGAGCCUCACAGGCGAACCUGGGGCCGGAACAGGCGGCUCUGGCCCAGUCCCAGCACUUUGACCAGCUGGAGGCGCUGUGGAACAAGCGGUCGCCGCCGCGAAGGCGUCACAAUGCGGGCCUGUCGAGGCAAACUUCGCUGGUGGAGGACCGCCUGGAGUCCUCGGACGACGACGAGUACCAGGACGAGCGCGCAGAUCAUUUCGCUUCAGGAGGAGGAGGAUACCACAAAGGAUAAGGCCUGAGGCCUGGCAGGCAACAACCCCAGCAAUUAAGCGGAGUACUUAUCAAAAAAUGGCAAGCAAUAAAUGGGGCACACAAUUGUAACGAUUAAGCCCCGUUUCCCAGCCCCCCAUAUUGAGCAUUUGGCCGCUGGGGGAUUCCCCAUUUCCCAUCGUUUCUGUGUGUGUAGAUGAUAACCCCUAAGAAACCCUAGAAACCUAAAAACCCAAAGAAAACAAAAAAUAUAUAGUUAAAUCUGAUAAACCACCGUCUCAGACUCUGUAGGAAUUAUAGCAUUAAGCGAGCCAAUUUAGACAUUUUAUUGUCGUAGAGUGUUUUAUGUACUAAACUCGAGCUAAAAAGCGCAAUAACUUAGAAUCUGUUUAAAUGAGAAAUGCAAAUACAAAACUCUCUGAGGGGCUAAAAGCGUAACUAUGCUUAAAAAACAAACACACAAAAAAUAAACAAAGGACAAAACUUAAUACACUGACACAAGCACAGAGCAAACACUAAUGCAACAUAUUAAGCUAAUGUAUAUAUAUUAAGCUCUCCCAAAAGACCCCAGCCACGUUCGCUGUAGAUUAUUAGUAUUAAAAACCACGACCUCAGUUCGAAUCUCACCUGUUCGGGUCACGGGCUUGCACUUCCCUCGGAUGUAACUUAAAUAACUUUCUGACAAUCAGAGGUUCUUGCCUGGAACGAAAACAAACAAAAUAAAAAAUACAACACAAAUGCAAAAACCAAAACAAAAACUCAACUGAUGACAACAAAUUGAUAUUUCUACACUGGAUAUUUCUAUGCAUGCCACAAGUGAAACUUCGUUAAACUAAGCAAUUAAUGUCUACGUAGCGUGUAGUGUAGUGUCCACCUCUGUAGCUGAGCCACGAGCAUCUCCCGAGGAACUAUGCUUCUGGAAACGGAAAUGGAAACGGAAAUCGGAAAUCGGAUAGCGAUAUGGUUACUUACUGAAUAAACACGGAUAAAUGUACACCCUGUCUAUGUCUAUUAAAACGAAAUUAAACUCAACUUUA